AUGUCAACAAAAGGAUCAUCUAAACUAAAUACUUUGUGCAAACUAUGGAAAGAUUUAUAUGAACCUUUUAAAACAAGAAUUAACAAUAGAAUAGAAAAUAGGGGUCAAGGUUAUACAUUAUUAAGAGUUUUAAAGCUUGUCCAAGAUAACUCAUCGGAAUUUUCAACAUCAUUGUUUGAAAUGUUCAUGAGUUAUUAUGGACUUCAAGAAAAUUACUAUUGUUUUCAUGUUUGUGGUAUUAACAUGAACGUCUCAUUGGAAGACGUUCUGUUUUUGACCAACUUGCUCAUUACGGGCCGAGCAAUUAUAUCUAAAAGCAAUAAAGACCCUAUGGCUUUUAACUGGGUUUUUCCCUUACCGUUCUGUUUUUGA